CUUCGCUCUCUCACAAUAACUAUCUCUUCUUCAAGCAUGCGCUUUUUUGGUUCUCAGAUCCUCCACAUAAUGUCCCGGUAACCUCAUAGUGCCUCUAUUCAUCAGUGUCGCCAUUGUCACAAUGCUGCGACUGCAUCCCUCAACAUGCCUCGCGCACGCCAGAUCGUAUUCCGCAUCUUCUACAGCACCUCUUUCACCGUCGUCUUCCUCCUGCUGACCGUCGUGAUAUGCGUCACCCCGGCCGACGCCCUCUAUGAGUCCUACAAGCGCAACCGCCUGCUCGACAUCUUUUUGAUGGCAGGCGAUUAUGUCGUGACUGCGCUGAUCGCAUCGCUCAUCUACGCAUCGCGGAUAUACACGAAUCGCUCGAUUCUCAAGGAUAUCCCCAAGACGUUCAUGCCUAUCGAAAAGGAGGAUCUACCUGGCCGGCGUGUGCACAAGCUGAUUCAAAAUUGUCUCGAACGCAGCGCCGUCAUAGCAUACCACGCCCGACCGAGGAGUACGUGGCUUCAACAUGACGUUCAUGCGCUCGGCCCCGUGACGAGGACAGGCUCUCUCGGGCUUGCCAGCACGGAUGAAACUCCAGAGCCGACAUGGGGCAAGAUUGAACAUCCAGGAUGGUGCUCACCCGCUGCGACCGAACACCCUGGACUCGAGUACGCGACCGUCAUCGACGAGUUGAUUGACCUGAUCGAGGCGAAGGCUGUGAGUCUGGCGCCUGUUGAUCCUUCGGCCGAGACGGGACCCGACGGUAUGCCACUGCCGGAUCCGAGGGUCAUUGCCGAACUCACGCGUCUCGAGACGAUGGGUAUGCGCCAGUACCUGCGGCACCUGAUCGAAAUCGGCGUCGUACCCGACACCAGUUUGACCGUUGCUUUUCUAGCCACGUACGAACGAGCGAGGUUCUCGUCACGACCGCUUUCGGACGACGAUUUUCAAAGCCUGAUGCGCAUGUUUGCCGAGUUAUUGCGCAAUAUGGCUCCGGUAGAGUUGGACAUGCUCGAUAUUGAUUCUGUAUAUUCAGCAUCUGUGGCCGCAUCAGAGUUCGAAGCUGCGAGUCUGAUCCACCAUCACCCCCAGAGAGACCACGACCCGCGUCGUCGCCUGUCAGACUCCACAGCUCCCUCUGCGGCGUCGACAUUCUCAGAGUACGGUUCUGUCCGACGCCACCCACAUCCACCGCGUCGCGUCUCCGAAGAUUCCGCACCCUCGUUGUCCUCUCUGGAUCGCAAGUAUCCCGACGAAGAGACCGAAGAUGACGAACAAAUGGAAGACAGUCGGUCGCUGCGCACCGCACCUACCAGGGCGACAUCCGCUCGCUCCAGACUACGCCUCGACUCGAGGUCGCGAAUGGUAUCUGCGCGUUCGAGACAGAACCUGAGCUUACGAAGCACCCGUUCUAGUGGUUCACUGCGGUCAAGAGGGUCAGACAGAUCGGGUCCGAGCCCUCGCCGCACCCGCACCCGCUCUUCGAAUGGGAGUGUCAUCCGAUUGACCCGACCUGAUGACCACUCGGAUAUGCCGUUCAUGAUACGAGUGCCAACUACUGAGACGCAAUGAUAUGUUUGGAUUGGUCUUUACAAAAGUUUGGAAUAAAAAAUAAUAAUUUAGGGCAAAAUAAUCGUUGGCCUUGGUUACGAUUGCGGGAAACCGCCUCAUGACCUCUCGGACCCUUUGGAUAUGAAUAUAUUAUAGUUGGACUUGUGUAGCGGUAUGAGUAUGGGUGUGUACUUAAAGAAUGCAAAAAUGGUAAUGUUUAGCGCCGGCCACGAAGAGAAGGGCACAUACGGCAGCAGAAGGAUAUCGAUGAGCGAGUAGUUUGAUUUUUCU